AUGAGCAACAGAUGUUCCACGGUUGAACCAGGAGUUUCCGGCUGUUGCUGUAGCGAUGACGGUUGCCUCACACCAAGAAAGUCUCCUGACAACCCACUCACAUGUUACGUCGGUAUCCUGGCACCAAAGGCCGGAGUCAACGUCGGAGCUGAGGUCCGUUGUACUGGAAUGUGCUCCUCGUUGCACGCCACAGUAAACGGCGACUCUGUCACCACCUUCCAGUGUGUACCCACCAGUAUUUGCAAGUCUUUCGCCGCCGACAAUGGCUGCUCAUCCAUCAAGGGUGAUCGUGAAGUAACUGGGUGCUGUUGUGACACCUCCAACGGAUGUAACGCUGCUCCAUACAAUCUCACCGUCCCAACUCCACCACCUCGACCAGAGUUCCCGAUUCUCGUGCUGGUCUGCUUCCAAUCGUGCAGUGGCGAAUGCGCCUCUCUGACUCUCGGAACCAACUUCCAAGGAGUAAAUCACACCGCUACCAUGUACACGUGCGACCCAGCAGCUGUGUGCAAAUCACUUGGAAUUGCCAAUAACUGUACCGAUAUCGAACCAGGAGUUUCCACCUGCUGUUGUAACACCGACGCCUGUCUAACGCAAGAAAGACCUGGAAAGCCAUUGCUAUGCUACGUCGGUCUUAUUGCUCAAAAAGCUGGUGUAAACGUUGGAGCUGAGGUUGUCUGCAAUGGAAUGUGCUCUUCACUUCAUGGACUCGUGAACGGAGACAACGUCACGACAUUCCAAUGUGUCUCAAGCCAAGUCUGCAAGACCUUCCUGACCGGUGAAGGAUGCGCAUCGCUUCAAGGAGAUCGUGAAAUCACUGGAUGCUGUUGUGAUGGACGUGACAGCUGCAACUUCUACAUGCAGAAUAGAACCGAUGUAAUCAUGCCUACUCCAAGCCCAAUUGUAGAGUUCCCCAUUUCAUGUUGGUCUGGAGUUUAUGUGAACGGAAAUCCAAUAAGUUCUGUUGGGUUCCAAUCCUGUAAUGGACAAUGCGCUUCCAUCACACUGAACACCACCGUUGCUGGAGUCUUCCACACCGCUUCGAUGUACAUGUGUGACCCGGUGGCUGUUUGCCGAGCGCUGAACAUGACCAACAGAUGCAACGUCAUCGAGCCAGGAGUUGGCGGAUGUUGCUGUAAUACUGACGCCUGUAUUUAUCCACCAAGGAACAGAAAUCCUGGAAAUCCACUCUUCUGCUACGUUGGAUUGUAUGCCCCGAAAGCAGGAGUCAAUGUUGGAGGAGAGGUAUUCUGCGAUGGUCAAUGCUCCAGUCUUAGUGCAAUAGUCAACGGAGACACUGUCACCACAUUCCAAUGCUCUCCAUUGGAUGUGUGCAAGAGUCUCGAAAUAGACAACUCAUGCAGAUCCCUACCAGGAGACAACCAAGUCACUGCUUGUUGCUGUGAUAGCGCCAGGAAUUGUAACAUAGCUAACUACGCUAUGAUUAUUCCACCUCCACCGUCACCACCUGAAGAGCCACUUUCCUGCUGGAGUGGUAUUUACGUCGAUGGAAUGCCCGUCACCAACGCUGGAUUCGCGACCUGCUUUGGAGAAUGUGCUUCGCUCACCAUGCAAACCACUCUCAACAGUGUACAGCACAACGCGACCAUCUACAUGUGCGAUCCAACCGCCGUCUGUCAAGCUUUGAACAUGAGCAACACCUGCACAACUGUAGAGCAAGGACUCACUGGAUGCUGCUGUAAUACUGACGCUUGUGUAGCACCGUGGAGAAGUCCAACGGAUCGACUGUACUGUUACGUUGGAAUGUAUGCUCCUAAGGCCGGUAUCAAUACUGGAGCUGAGGUACUGUAUCAGAGGAUUUGA